UCCGGCGGCUUGGCGCAGCAGGCCGAGGAAGACUGCUCGAGGUCGGUUGCUAGGCAAAGGGCACUUGGAUCAACGGCCACCUGGGCCACUGCAACAGGAACCCCCAGACUCAUCGCUAUCCUGAGACCCUCACCAUGCCUCACAUCGACAACGAUGUGAAACUGGACUUCAAGGAUGUCCUACUGAGGCCCAAGCGCAGCACCCUAAAGUCUCGAAGUGAGGUGGAUCUCACAAGAUCCUUUGAAUUUCGGAAUUCAAAACAGAUGUACACAGGGGUUCCCAUCAUUGCUGCCAAUAUGGACACUGUGGGCACCUUUGAGAUGGCCAAAAUUCUCUGCAAGUUCUCCCUCUUCACUGCCAUCCAUAAGCACUACAGCCCCGAGCAGUGGGAAGAGUUUGCUAUUCAGAAUCCUGACUGUCUUGAGCAUCUGGCUGCCAGUUCGGGCACAGGCUCCUCCGACUUGGAGCAGCUGGAACAGAUCCUGGGUGCUGUCCCCCAGGUGAAACAUAUCUGCCUGGACGUGGCAAACGGGUACUCGGAACACUUCGUGGAAUUUGUGAAGGACGUGCGGAAGCGCUUCCCCCAGCACACCAUCAUGGCAGGGAACGUGGUAACAGGAGAGAUGGUGGAAGAACUGAUCCUCUCAGGGGCUGACAUCAUCAAAGUGGGCAUCGGGCCAGGUUCUGUGUGUACCACCCGAAAGAAAACAGGAGUGGGGUAUCCACAGCUCAGUGCAGUGAUGGAGUGUGCCGAUGCUGCUCAUGGCCUCAAAGGCCACAUCAUUUCAGAUGGCGGCUGCAGCUGUCCUGGAGAUGUGGCCAAGGCUUUUGGGGCCGGGGCUGACUUUGUGAUGCUGGGCGGCAUGCUGGCAGGGCACACCGAGUCAGGUGGCGAGCUCAUCGAGAGGAACGGCAAGAAAUACAAGCUUUUCUAUGGAAUGAGUUCUGAACUGGCCAUGAAGAAGUACGCCGGGGGUGUGGCCGAAUACAGGGCCUCAGAGGGCAAGACAGUGGAGGUCCCCUUUAAAGGGGACGUGGAGUAUACUGUCCGAGACAUCCUUGGAGGGGUCCGCUCGACCUGUACCUAUGUGGGAGCAGCUAAGCUGAAGGAGUUGAGCCGGAGAACUACCUUCAUCCGCGUCACCCAGCAGGUGAAUCCAAUCUUCAGUGAAGAGCGCUAGACCUGGAGUUCUGUCCACCCUCCCAAGAUACCAGGGCCCUUCCCCAGUCCCAGCUCCUCCUGCUACUUGCUAUGAGCCUUUUCUCGUCCUCCCGCUCCCGAGGGCACCUGCAGCAGCUCUGCACCCCUGCACCCCUCUGCCUACACAUGCGACACCAAGGGCACUCCCUGGGGACGAAGUAAGGGGUGACGAGAAUCUGAGGAAAUGAAAAUAAUCAAAUGGCAAACUGGGGGCCCGGCAGCCAGAAGAUUACUGACAGGAAAAGACGCUGAGUUAUAAUGACCUUGGUCUGGACAAGGCAGGCUUAUUUAGAAUCAUGAUUUGGUCAUCGGUUUCAUUAAACCAGACUUGACUACUUA